AUGGAGACUACACUUCCUCAGUAUAGUACCCAAGAUGCACCACCAUCCUAUGAGGAUGUCGUGAAAAAGUUCACCGCCGCUCUCGGUGAUGGGAAAGACCCUGAGAAGAUACUAGACGCAGCAAACGCGCUCAACCUGGCGGACUGCAAAGUAGUUUUCGAUAAGAAUGGAGGCAACCCUCCGCCUUUUGUUGAGGAAAAGGACAGAGACAAAUUCCAUCUAGGUGCUGAGAAGGCUGCUUCUUUGCCUAUUGCCCAAGGACACCUCAAAGAAAGGGCGCAAACAGCUUCGCAGGCUGUCAAGGACAUUGAGGGGAUUUUUCACCAGCUUCUUCUCGAAAUCAUGAAGAUUGACCAAAUCCACAAGUCUGAUUUCAUUCCAGAGCUUAGAAAGCAUAAGGAGACUUUCUCGAAGCUCAUCCAGGAAAGUCGUCUUUUAGCAAGGGAAAUCAGCCAAUAUGGCAAGCAGUUUGAUGAAGUGACAAUUGAGUUCUGCGCUGAUAAGGACAUAUCUGUCCAAGAUCGGAUAAAGCGAAUUCAGCGCUUCAUAGAGGAAGCAAAGAAAUUCCAGACAGCUUCUGACGCUAUGCAAGACCGGUUCACGAAGCUACACGAUGACUUUACUGUAUUCGUCGGCAAGUUCGUGUCUUGGGCUGAAAAGAAAGAGGGGGAAUUGGAUAAAAAGGUGACUAAGCUAAUCAAGGAAAUUGGUGACCUCAAGGGUCGCAUUACCAAGGUCAUUUUGUCUAUGGUUGCUGUUGGAGCGGGUGGCACAACACUCGGCAUGUUUCUGGCUGUGGGUGGGUUCCUCGCCCCUGGCCCGUGGAGCUUGUUCUUGAUUGGAGGUGGCCUUAUUCUGGCUGGUCUGAGCGCCGCUGCUUGCAUCGGCUUGAUUGCUACCUGGAUGAUAUUGUCGAAUGAGCUGAAGCAAAAGGAGAAGGAGAAAAAGCAGUACGAAGACCAGAUAAAGCAUAUCCAACAGGCUCGGUCCCAGCUUGUAUCACUGGGCAAAGAAGAUCUUGCCAUCUUCUCGGAAAAGAUCAGCUUUCUCAAGGGAUAUUGGACUAAGGCAUCUUCCGAUGCGGUGGAGAUUGAAGGAUGGCUCAAGGGUGGAGCAGACGAUGCAAAGUACCCUAAAUAUAUGGAGAGAAGUUUGAAAGAGGGCGUUAAGAUCUAUAAAGCUCUUUCAACCUAUUUAGAUGAGUACUCUCGUGGCAUUGAGUCGGAUGAAUAG